AUGGUCUCGCGCAGCUACAACGGGAUGAAGGAAGCUUUGCAGCUUCUUGGACUUCCGGACUGCUGGGAGCAGAGUGAUAUACGGGUUUGGAUCGAUACUUGUCUUUGUCCGGUGCAAACUGGCUGCCAGGACUAUCCGCUGAGUUUCGUGCCAGGUAGGGAACUGAAACUUUGUGGGCAUCACCUUCGCGAGGAGAUCAACGAGAUGAUUCACCAUUGGAUGACAGAUGAAAAGGAUGAUUUCUACAGCGCCCUGACGAAGAUAAAGAGCAUCGUGGCAAAGCCGAUCCUGACCGAGGAGGAGCUCGACCUGUUGGACAGCAAGGCGGGCCAUGGACCGAAGCCGCCAAGGUAUUGGCUCUGA